UUAAAAAAAAAAAAGUUACGUGACUUGACGUUUGUUAGCCUAGUCAGCCUGACGGUGGCGAGCGAUGUAUUUAUGUCGUGUUUAUGACAGGAGGCGUACUUCAUGCUAACAUUUCUUUUCACAAGCGUUCGGAGGACAAAAGAAGUUUCAAUGAACGAGAAAGGACCCGUGAAAAGAACUUAGUCAUUAGCUAACUAUUUGACGCUGAUUUGUUCAACGUAUCCGGGCUUGUUUUGAAAGGCCUGUUUUGCUGGCUUGCUGCUACGGGGAAUCUUCGGACUCGCCCGGUAAAUGCUGUCAGUGUCUGAUGUGGUUAAAGUUACCGCAGGUUAAAGUGCCGGAGGUUUAUCUUAUCUCAUAUUCUAACUAAGACGUUUUUGCAUGCGUGUGCUCCCUCAUGGCGGGCACACGUCAGCUCACAGUUACACGGUUAGCCAGCCAGCUAACUUUAGCUCCUCCGUUUUGACAACCUAGCUAUCAAGAUAUCGCAAGUGUUUUGAACCUUUUCUUCAGUUACUAUUGAAGCACUAUGUUCUUGCCGCUAAUUUUAAUGGCUGAUUCUCCAUUAUUUCUCCUCGACACCAAUUGAGAAGCAGAUCACAAGGUCUCUUGGCUAAAAGGUAGAGAUAACCUUUUGCCUCGUUGCACUCAAUUGUUUUGCCACUACUUUCUUUCAGACUACCGGGAUUGUUGAUUGAUUGCAUUUUUUUAAUUUUUAUUCUUAGCUGAAUGUAAUGAAUGCCUCUCUGAGGCUUACUUGACGUUAUCGUCCAAGGUCGCUUCUAGAGAAAUGUGGGUAGUAGCGGUGUCUGGCGCUUCUAGUGUCACCUCUCUGGCUUACUGUUAACCUCAACCCGACUCCACUUGAUCUUUAAGUUGUUUGUGCUCCGGAGAGGUCCUUCUCAACAUGAAUCGUUACCUGCCUGUGGCGAGGCAGCACUUCCUUGCUGCAAUAGCGAGCACUAGUGUGGUUGUGAAAGCCAUCAGUGCUCUGGUGGUUCUCUUCUACCUGCUCUCCUGGGCCCUGGACACAUCGUAUGCACUGGGGGUUACCCCGGGCUAUCUGUUCCCUCCUAACUUCUGGGUGUGGACACUGGUCACUCAUGGGAUUGUGGAAGACCAUGUGUGGGGUGUGGCAGCCAAUGUUGGGACUGUCAUGUCAUGUGGACGCCUGCUGGAGCCUUUGUGGGGGGCCUUGGAACUGCUGAUCUUCUUUGCCGUGGUAAAUGUAUCUGCAGGCCUUCUGGCAGGCCUCUCCUACCUCCUCACCUAUGUGGCCACAUUCAACCUGGACUUCUUGUUUGCUGUCCGUGUCCAUGGAGUGGCCGCCUUCCUGGGAGGAGUCUUGGUGGCACUGAAGCAGACCAUGGGGGAUACAACGGUGCUCCGAGUUCCACAGGUAAGGCUCAAAGCAGCUCCUGCCUUGGUCCUCCUCCUCCUGGCUUUACUGCGCCUCUCAGGCCUCCUGGAAAGUUCCGCCCCCCUUGCAGCAUACAGUUACGGCGCUCUAUCCGGCUGGGUGUACCUGCGUUUCUAUCAGAGGCACAGCAGGGGCCGUGGCGACAUGUCGGACCACUUUGCUUUUGCAAGUUUCUUCCCAGAAGCGCUCCAGCCAGCGGUGGGUCUGCUGGCAGGUUUGGUCCAUUCCUCCUUGGUGAAGGUGAAGGUAUGCAGGAAGAUGGUGAAGAGGUACGAUGUGGGUGCGCCGUCGUCCAUCACCAUCAGCCUGCCGGGGACGGACCCACAAGAUGCUGAGAGGAGGAGACAACUGGCCCUCAAGGCUCUCAACGAGCGUCUCAAGCGUGUGGAGGACCAGUCCGCUUGGCCCAGUAUGGACGACGAGGAAGACGACGAGGUCGACGAGAUCCGGACCGACACGCAACCGCUCCUCCCGCAUGACCCCUCUUCUGUGCCCCGGACCGCAGUGAGUGGACCUGUCGGCAUGAACAUCUCCUCCGCCACCUCAUCCUCAACGUUACAGAGCGGUGGAGCACAAGCUGACCCGGAGUCGAGCAUCAUCAGCUUCGAGGACGCACCCUCUAGAUCGUAACCUAUUAAAUCUGAUAGAUGUGAUGAUCACGUCGCUGGCAGGUGUACUAACUUACGUGAUGCAAGGUGUUAGACCUGUUCAUACACCAUGGAGUCCAAACGUGGGUUUAGUGAGUCUUUUCACGUCACACGUGUUGGAUGUGCACAGUGUAGUCAGUCAGGCCUUCGCUUCCAUUUUGCAUACAGAUGCAAGUUAAGCAGCCAUUUUUUUUCAUGCCCUGGUUCAAUCCCAACUGAUCUGAGAAGGGUGCUUUUUUUUGUUUGCUUUUUAAAUGAAUGACAAGUUGGAUAUUCACUU